AUGGGCUUCUUCUCCGUAAAGGAACUCGCUUCAGUAUUCAAGAAACCCUGUUCUGCACUACACAAUUCAUACAAGUACAUCCAACUAGAAAAUGGACUAAGAACCUUGCUCAUAUCGGAUCCCAAAUGCAAUGCAACUGCUGCCGCUGUAUGUGUUGGAUCCGGGUCCUAUUGUGACCCGGAUGAAUUACCAGGGCUAGCACACUUUUGCGAACACAUGCUUUUCAUGGGAACGGACGAAUUCCCCAAUCCCAAUGACUUUUGGACCAAAUUGACCUCGAUGGGAGGCAGCACCAAUGCAUAUACAAUGGGUGACUACACUUGCGUAUACUUUGAGACGUCAAUGGCAGAUACACUCGUGGGUGAGGAGUUUGGAUUGAACUACUUGAUGAGAAAUUUCAGCUCCUUUUUUAAGAAGCCAUUAUUUUUGGAAAAAUAUUUGGCUAUGGAAAUUAAUAAUGUGGAUGAUGAACAUCAAGGAAAUGUUAUCAAUAACGAAAAGAUUUUGUAUCAUGGAUUGAGAUUGCUAAGCAGCAAGGGCCACCCAUUUCAUAGAUUCGGCACUGGUAACAAAAGUACGCUCAGCUCCAAAUACACACGGGAGGCGAUGAUGAAAUACUUUGACGAUAAUUUUGUUUCAGAAAACAUGGUUUUGGUUUUGAAAGGUUCUCAAUCAUUGAACCAAUUGCAAAAAUUGGUCUUGACGACUUUUGUAGAUAUCCCGACAUCACAAGACUUGUCAAGCAAAACUUCGGCAAGCAAGAGACGAAACAAAAUUAGAUCAAUGGGAUCGAAAAGAAGUUCCAUCACAACCACCCCUUCUUUGGAUGUGACGUCAAAAGUGUUUCCUAGUGAUGCUACUGGAAAAUUGUUGUACAUCAAGAGUGAAACAUCAUCCCAAGUAAGGUUAUUUUUGCCCAUACAUGAUUUUGAAAACUCCUUUUACGAAAGUGUGUGGUGUUCGUUAUUAGGAGACGAAAGUUUAGGAUCUUUAUGCCAUUACUUAAAAACCACUAAGAAGUGUAUUUCGUCCCUUUAUGUUCACACUCAAAGACUAUCUCAAGGAAAUAAGAUUUUGGUCAUGGAUUUUGACAUUUUGAAGUGCUUCAGCUUGAAUUUCAUAAUUCAAGCUAUUUGGAGCUUUGUUGAUCAAGUAUUAGAUCUCGAUCUAGCCCACUUGAACAAUGUUUUAAAUGAGUAUUCCCGAGUAUUCAAAUAUCAAGCAUACUUUUCAACAAGCGAAUUGUCUGUGAUGGAUGAAGCUGCAAAUUAUGCCCUGUGCUUGAUGGAGGGUAGAAUCCAAGACAUGGAGUAUUUGGUCACUGGGGAUUCGUUCUUAUUUGAAUGUGAUGCAAUUGAUUUUGCAAAAAAAACAAGAGAAAUUUUCAACGUAUCCAAUCUAAAUGCAAUAGUGUUGGCCGAAGGUAACAACUGGGACAGGCCGUUGCCCAGUAAUUUCACCAAGGACCCUUACUACCGGUUUGACUACGCUAUUACCGAUUUGAACUAUUCCCUGCUGGUAAAGUCUAUUCCUCAAUUUUUUGUCCCAACGCAAAACACUUUCAUUGCAUUGGCACAAAAUGAGUUGGACAAUCAGAUGAAACGAUCAAAGCACACCUCGCCAUACUUACUGGAAGCUGACAGCGCAACACCACGUUUGAUUGAUUUUUCAACCUAUCACGAAAUAUGGCAUUCAGAAUCUUCCUCCUUUGACGCUGUGACGUCUUUUCAGAUCUGUUUCUCCAGUAUUCCUAGCACCACGCUCAACUCUGUGGCGAUUGAGAUUCUUGCUGACUGCAUAGGAGAUACCUUAAAACCCUUGUUCUACCAGGCUGAAUUGGCUCUAUUUUCUUGGGGAAUUUUUGCAAACUUGGUCACCACGCCAUCAUUAUCUUUUGAGAUUAGGGGCCCCAUUGCGGGGUUUACUUAUUUCUUGAAACGAUUUGUUGUUACCGUCAAGAAUUUAAUUUCGUCAUUCAGUCUAGAUUAUAAAGAGUUUGUGGCAAAGAAGUCCCAUUUACGCACAAGUUAUAACGAUUUGCAAAUUGGCGACGCAAACACAAAAGUUGUUGCCGCUUCAGUGAUGAUAUUGGAGCAGGGAAUAGCCGGUAUUGAGGAGAGGCUUGAGGCGGUGGAAUUUUUGGAGACAAGUGAUUUGGUAUGUCUAUGCCAUUCGAUCCUUCGGGACCACAAACACACAGACAUUCUUGUUACAGGUGGCGACCACGAUUUUGCAAUCAAAGUUUGCAAGACCAUUAAUGCGUUGACAUUCCACGAAAAGAUUUAUUUGGAAAAGCACCCUUUCACUUUCGCAUCUAGUGUAUUACUAAGACGUGGCAGAAACUACGAUUUGGUGAUUGAGAAUUCCAAUUCGAAAGAUCCAAAUGAUAUUGCUUACUACUAUAUCCAGUUGUGCUCAAGAAGAGGCAAUGAAAGUAUAAUUGCACAUUUUUUAGCGUAUCAGAUGAACCAGUUUGUACGAUACCAACUUCGAACCAGAAGGCAAGUGGGCUACUUGAUUUUAAGCGGUAUUAGAAUUAAUAAGCUGACGAUCGGUUUGUAUCUACUUAUAAACAGUUCCUCAUAUGAUUAUGCGUCAAUUUUGCUGGAAAUUGAGAACGUUUUGUUUGAGUGGGAGAUGGAGGUGUUGACCAUGACAGAUGACCAGUUUGCGGAGGCAGUUGAACUGUUUUUGAAGAGUCGAGGUCAGCAGGAUAUUGACUCUGUACCAUCAAACAUUUCAGCAGCGACAAAGCCUACAAAACAGAGUGACAAUUAUUCGGCCAAGCAACUUCAUUCCAUAAAUUUUGAUAGCAUCGUGACAAAGAACUAUGACUUUGGAUCUUGUGUGAACGGAGCAUUUACUGUUGCAAACACUUUUGAGUAUGGCUUAGCUGACAUUAUAAAGUUUUUUAGAGAACGCGUUUCUAUCAAGUCCACACAACGAGCCACUUUGUCAAUUCUCGUAUCUUCAAAAAGGGGAAAGACAAAGAAAGAUUUCGAUGCCAAAAAGGAAAUGUUGGCGUCGUUACUAGAUAACCACGAUUACCAACUAACCUCUUUACAGCUUCAAUGUUUGUUACACGAGUCAAACAAUGACGCCUCAGCAGUCAUACAAAAGUUGAAAAGUUUAGGGUACAGGAUUUCAACCAAACAGACUCCCAAACUCUUCAAAGUAUUAUUGGUUUUAAAGAGCUUGAAAGGAAGUAGUUCAAAAGAGCUGGUGCGAUGUCAAAAGUUUUGUAUUGCAAAUUAUGGCAGUGAUUAUCGGACCAACUUGAGAGCUUUACCUCAUUUGACAGUGAGUGACGUGGAUGAAAUCCAUGCCGAAGCUAGUUUCAUUAGUCAGAGUGGCCAUAUGAGUCAGUUGCAAGAGAUUUACGACAAUGAGAAUGAGCAGGAGAAUGAGAAUGAGAAUGAUUGUGAUUUGAACUUUUUGUUAUAG